UCGGGAAGAGGAAGUCUGAUUAUGUAGCGACUGCGAUUCCAAAGAAAGGGAUUGAGUCUCUGUUCAAGAAGAUGAUCGAGUUAGGGAAAAUAGGGCUUGUUUUUAACCCCUAUGGUGGGAAAAUGGCUGAGGUUCCGGUUACCGCGACGCCGUUUCCUCACCGUAAGAAGCUUUUCAAGAUUCAGUACUCUGUGAACUGGAAAGAAAACUCUCCGGAGAUAGAGAAGGGUUACUUAAACCAGGCUAAAGUGCUUUACAGAUUCAUGACCGGUUUUGUGAGCAAGAAGCCUAGGAGUGCUUACUUGAACUACCGGGAUGUGGAUAUCGGUGUGAACGAUCACGGGAAAAAUAGUUACAAGGAAGGGAAGGUGUAUGGAAAGAAGUAUUUUGGAGUGAACUUUGAUCGAUUAGUGAAGAUUAAAACUGCGGUUGAUCCAGGGAAUUUCUUCAGGAAUGAACAGAGUAUACCUACCUUGCCAAGUAAGGCAUAAA